AUGUCGCCUGCCGGGCGAUCCGGCCGCCCGGACGCGCCUCUCCACCUCGUCUUCGUGCCAUUCCUCGCGCGCAGCCACUUCGCGCCCCUCGCAGCCAAGGCCGCCGACGCGUGCGGGCAGCGCGUCGGCGCUACCGCAACCACGGCCGCCAUCGUCACCACGCCGCACUUCGCGGCCCUCGCGCCGCCGUGCGUGCCGGUGCACGUGGCGGGAUUCCGCUGCCCGGGCGGGCACGAGGACUUCUCCCAGCUCCCGGACGACGAGGCCUCCUCCGCGCCGGCCUUCUUCUCGGCCGCGGAGGCCGCGCUGGCGCCGGCGCUGGCGGCCGUCCUCCGCGCCCAAGACGGCCCCGUGGCGGUCGUCUCCGACGCCGUGCUCUACUGGGUCCCGCGCGUCGCGCGCGAGUGCGGCGCCCCGCACGUCACUUUCCACACCAUCGGCGCCUUCGCCGCGUCCGCCAUGGUCGCGGUCCACCUCCACCGGCCCGAGGCCUUCCUGGACCCGUUCGUCGUCCCCGGUGGGUUCCCGCGGCACGUGAAGCUGCGCAGGGCGCAGAUCAACGAGGAGGCUCUGGCGCACCUCCCUCUCUUCCGCGCCGCCGAGGCCCAGAGCUACGCCGUCGCAUUUAACAGCUUCGCGGCGCUCGAGGCCAACUUCGCCGCCUACUACCAGAGCCAGCUCGCCGGGCGUCCCAAGAAGGUGUUCCUCGUCGGCCCCGCGCUCGCUGCCGCCGCCUCUCCCCGCGCCGUCACCGGCGGCGCGGAGCGGGACCCCAUCCUGCAGUGGCUAGACGGCCGCCCGGCGGGGUCGGUGGUGUACGUGUGCUUCGGGAGCACGUGCGCGCUGGGCGAGAGCCAGCUCCGCGAGCUGGCCACCGGGCUGCGCGCGUCCGGCCGCACGUUCCUCUGGGUGAUCCCGGCGGCCCGCGGGGAGGGCGGCGCGGCUCGGGAGGAGCGCGCGUCCAGCCACGGCAUGGUGGUUGCCGGGCGGUGGGCGCCGCAGGCGGAGAUCCUGGCGCACCGCGCGGUGGGCGGGUUCGUGACCCACUGCGGCUGGAACUCGGUGCUGGAGGCCGUGCGCGCCGGCGUGCCACUCGCGACGUGGCCGCUCCGCGCCGAGCAGUUCGUGAACGAGGCGUUCCUCGUGGAGGUGCUCCGCGUGGGCGUGCGGGUGCGGGAGGUGGCGCGCGAGGAGGCGGGCCUGGAGGCCCUGGUGCCGGCCGGCGCGGUGACGCGCGCUGUGGGGAGGCUCAUGGGCGACGGCCAGGGCGAGGCAGAGGCGGUGGCGGGGAGGAGGGCCAGAGCCAGGGAGCUCGGAUCCGCGGCGCGGGCAGCGGUAGCGGAGGGCGGCUCGUCUUGCGGUGACUGGGCACGGCUGGUAGAAGAGCUCAAGGCGUUACACGGUCGCGACAGCGAUCCGCAGGUGUGACUAGUGUACUGAUGUUUGUCACGUACAGAUGACAGUGGCAAAUUCUUUGCUGCCUUGCUUGUAAGCAUAAAG